CAUCGGCCAAGUCCAUCAUCGAUGGCCGAGACAGGCCCCGAGCCAGGCCCCGAGACCGGCCCUGAGACCGGCCCUGAGGCAGGAGGGCCCGAGCCGGCACCUGGGCCCGCAUGCUCACUCCUCCCAGAGUGCCAGCCGCCCGGCGGCGUCGGCGACUCGCACGCGACGCGCGAGGAGCUGCGGCAGCGGGCGCGGCGGCGCGGCAGCCGCAAGGUUGGGAUUCACGCGCUCGAGGUGUACACGCCGCGGCACGCGUGCUCCGCGACGGAGCUUGAGAAGGCGCACGGGACGCCGGGCAAGUACAGCGUCGGGCUCCUCAUGCGCGAGUUCUGCGGGCCCGACUGGGACGAGGACCCCGUCUCGUUUGCGCUCACCGCCGUCGCGCGGCUGAUGUGGCGCAACGGGCUCAGGCACGCCGACAUCGGGAUGAUCCAGGUGGGGACGGAAUCGCUGCUCGACCGCUCAAAGUCGAUCAAGUCCAACCUGAUGGCCCUGUUCGAGGAGCACGGCGUCACCGACAUUCAAGGCACCGACCAGUACAAUGCUUGCUACGGCGGCACCGCCGCGCUGCUCAACUGCCUCAACUGGGUGGAGUCGGCGGCGUGGGACGGCCGGUGGGCGCUCGCCGUCGCGACCGACAUCGCCGACGCGCCGGCCCAGUACCGCUUCAUGGUUGGCGCUGCCUGCACGGUCAUGCUCGUCGGCCCGGACGCGCCGCUCGAGCUGCAGCGCGAGCGCGUCUCGCACAUCUUGGACCGGUGGGACUUUUACAAGCCGGUCGGGUGGCACGAGAUGGCGCCGAUCGUCGACGGGCUCUACUCCGUCGACGUCCACGCCGUGCCGCCCUCUCCGUCGACGUCCACCUUUCGUGCCUCGACUGUAAUUCAUUCACUCAUGACUGCAUUCGUCAGGCCCUACUCGAUCGACGUCUACUUUUCGCAGCUGGGCGAGCGGGUCGGCUACGCAAACAUGGUCGAAGAGCACGACUUCCUCGUCUACCACCUCGGGUCGGGCCCAAAGCGCACGUACCACUCCGCCGCCGCCUUCGACGCGCUCAGCGAGCGGUACGCGAGCACGUGGGGCAAGUUCGGCUGGACGGCGGCGGUGGAGGACGAGCAGCCUGGCGGCGCGUACUACCUCACCGAGCGCGCCUACCGCUUGGUCAAGCACCCAGACAUGCACCUGCAGGGCCCGCUCUCCAUCGCCAUCGAGGACUCGCGCCUCUCAAAGGAGGAGCGCGCCCUCACCAAGGAGGGGCCACGAUUCGACUGGCGGCGCGUCAAGCCCGCCGAGGCGAAGCCGCCGCCGUCCAAGCAGCCGCAGCCGCCAAAGCCGCCAAAGGAAGGCAAAAAGCAGAGCUCGAAGCAGCAACCGCCGAAGCACAAGCAGGCGCCGGCGCCGGCCGCGGCGCCAGCUGCGGGCGGCGCGCCCGCGGCUCCGGCGCACGACAAAGAGGCGCUCGCCGCCCUUCUGUCUGCGCUCCAGACGCAAGCUGAGGCGGCCGCGUAGCUCGGGGAUGCGUGGUGCACUGUUCUCAGCACGCCGAUGUCACGGCUUCCUCGAUUGUCGAGCCACUCGUCCACCCCAGGCAUGAGCCAAGGGCAGCUGUGAUUCUUUAUUAUGGUGUUUGACAUUGUGCCCUUUGUAUAUGCCCGCCGUAGAGCUGUC